AAUCAGGUUCUUCCUCUCUAGCUUUUUACAUUCUUUUUAUAUCAACAAAACCAUUCAGUCACUCUACCAACUCCAUACCCAUCUUCAAGUUCCAUCUUCAAGUUCAACCCUGAAUUGUGAAUCCUGAAUCCACUCUCUCUACUCGAAUUACAUGGAUGCUGAGAAGGAGAAGAAAAUUGUAGGAAGGAAAACUAUAAAAGUAGGGCCAUGGGGAGGACAUGGUGGAACUAGUUGGGAUGAUGGAAGUUUCAAUGGCGUAAGAGAAAUCACAAUUGUUUAUGAUCGAUGUAUUGAUUCGAUAAGAAUUACGUACGACAAGAACGGCAAGCCGGUUUUAUCAGAAAAACAUGGUGGUACUGGCGGACACCGGACCUCUAAUAUCAAGCUACGAUACCCGGAGGAGUUCUUGACGUCUGUAAGCGGUUACUACGGAUCUGUCGUACAUAGUGGCACCCCCGUGAUCCGAUCCUUAACGUUCAAGAGUAACCGGAGGACAUUUGGACCAUUUGGAAUAGAAGAAGGAACACCAUUUUCAUUCCCAAUGGAUGGAGGUUUGAUCGUGGGAUUCAGAGGGAGAAGCGGAUGGCAUUUGGAUUCCAUUGGAUUUUACUUGUCUCGUGCCCAUACAACGACGUUUUUGGAUAAAUUACAUGCGCAGUUCAAGAAAUUACUUAGCCCGAAGAACGGAGGAGAACAAACUCAUAGUCCGAAGAAUGGAGAAAAAACCCAUACGUCCAAGCAGAAGCCUGGUAGAGAUUAUACAUAUUAACUCUUCCUCCACAAGAUGGCAUGCACUAGAGGACAAAUCUAAGCUUCCCAUUAUAUAUGUUGUACUGUUGUUGUUGCGUCAUAAUUUGCAUUAGUAUUGAUAAGAAAAAAAAUAAAUUUGCCGUAGUACUGAUGGGUUUUUGGUUUUCUAUAUAUUUCUAUGUAGCCUUAUGUACUAGAGCAAUCUAAGGUACAUUAUAAGAUCUUAAUGACUGUUAUUGUUGGCUCAUUUGGAAGUCUAGGCGUGUAUUUGUAUUUUCAGAAGUUGGUUAAUUUCAACCUCUCCGUAACAUAUUACAUGUAAUUACAUGAUAAAACACCGAAUUCAGUUCAUGAA